CCACGCCCAUUUGUAUUGGCUAGGUGUUUGUGUUCGAAGCUGCCAGCGUUGUUGCCUGAGAUCGUGAGUUUCGGUCGUCGUCUAGUGCAUUUACUUCGUCUUAGUUGUAGUGGAGAAUUAGAUUGGGAGGUGUGAGAGAUGGCUCCCAAGACUGAUGAGCAAAAGGCCGGCAAGAGCAAAGCGGAGAAGAAGCCAGUGAAGAAGGCCGAGAAGAAAAUCAAGAGCGACAGCAAGACCGACGCCAAGAAGAAGAAGUCGAAGAAGAGCGUCGAGACUUACAAGAUAUACAUCUACAAGGUUUUGAAGCAGGUACAUCCCGACACCGGUAUUUCGUCGAAGGCAAUGGGCAUUAUGAACUCCUUUAUCAAUGACAUUUUCGAAAAGCUUGCUCAAGAAGCCGCCAGACUUGCGCGCUACAAUAAGAAGCCUACAAUUACUUCUCGCGAAAUUCAGACUGCCGUGCGUUUGAUUUUGCCUGGAGAGUUGGCAAAGCAUGCAGUUUCAGAGGGGACCAAAGCCGUCACUAAGUUUACUAGCGCUUAGACCUCCAGCAGUUGUGCCGAUCCAUUUAGGGUUUUAAGUUUUGCGGAUCCUUACUUAGGGUUUAGGGAUACUUAAGUACAUGAUUCUACAUGUGGAAUUUACGUCCUGCAACGCGUUUUACGAUGGGAGUGAGUCUCCACGGAGAGUGUAAUGCGUUCCCGUGUACAUACAUUUAUGUAAAAUCAUCGCGGUCCACUCUGAACUUAAAUCUAAAUUUCUUUCAGCAAUUCUGUGCA